AUGUCACGGAUCUUGAACCCGUUCCAGCUCCUGGAGCUGACCAUCAUGUCGGGUCAGGAACUCCACCAGGUGUCCCGCAAGAUGAAGACCUACGCGGUCGCUUGGAUCCACCCGAACCGCAAGCUGUCCACCCGGGUCGACUCGCUGGGUCACAACCGACCCACAUGGAACGACAAGUUCGUUUUCCGGGUCGACGAGGAAUUCCUCUACAGCGACACCUCCGCGGUCACGAUCGACAUCUACGCCGUCCACUGGUUCCGCGACGUCCUCGUCGGCACCGUCCGGGUGCUCGUCGGCAGCGUCGCCCCUCCCCGGCAGCAGCAGCAAACCCGGCCCAACAAGGUCCUCCGCCAGGGGAACCGGUUCCUCGCGCUCCAGGUCCGCCGCCCGUCGGGUCGCCCGCAGGGCCUCCUCAAUGUCGGCGUCGCCGUGCUGGACAGCUCGAUGCGGAGCAUGCCGCUCUAUUGCGGAUCCUCCGCCGUCGGGUACCGAGAUCUGAUGGGCGAGAAGAAAGGGGACGAGAGCAGCAGCAGCGAUGGGGGAAGCAGCAGCAUGUAUUCGGCAAUCCCUAACAAGAAGCAAUUCUUGCUCCCUUGGAUCCCCACACCCGAAUUGAGGCGGACCAAGAGCGAUUCCAGCUCUAUGCUAGAUCUGCCGCCGACGGGGAAGGGGAAGAAGACGGGGGCGGAUCGAAUCGGCGGCGGCGGAGGAGGGGGUUCCAUGGUGAACGGAAGAUCCAGAGCCGGAUCGAUGUUGACCGGGCUGGAGAGUUACCGGAAUGGUACUAAAUUCAACAAAACCCGUUCCCCCGAUUCCCGAGGGAGUCAAUCGGAUGUCGCCGGUUUGGCUCAGAAGAAGAAGGAUUGCAAAUCGAAUCAGAUCCCCUUACCACCGGGCGCGAAAUUCCUUCACGGGUCAGAUACAAGCUCGUCGGACGGAUUCUCGAACCCGAUGGCGGUCAAGAAGCCGGGCCGUCCGCCGAUUACAGACUCGGAGCUGGGCCCGUCGGCGUCGGAGGUGGCUGCGGCGACGGUGGCGAAGAUCCGGAACUUGAAUUACAAAUGGGAGGAGGAGGGUUCGGACGUCGUGGGCUCGUGGAGCAUGGAGAGCAGCAGCAUGGAGGGGCUGCAAUCGAAGUUGGAACGGUGGCGGACGGAUUUCCCCCCGGUGUACGCCGCCGGGAGUGUGGUCGGGAGCGAUCCGGCGAGCAGCAGCGGCGGCGGGAGCAGCAUGGUCAGCGGACCGGGCGGGGGUAAAAGGAGUGUAGUGAGGCAGGGGAAGGACGGUAAGGGAGCAGGUGGAUUCACGUGCUUGACGAACAUUUGCGGGCUACAGUUCACGAUCGUGUGCGGCGGCGCCGCCGCAGCGAGAAGGACGAAGAAGGCGAAGAAACAGAAAUGGGACAAGAGCAGCUCCAUUUCUAUUUGA